AUUGACAGAGCAUAAGACAGGCUUAUGGCAUCAUAGUUAAUCUUAACUUCAUCUGGAAAGUUCAUCCAUCGUUCAUAUAAAACCUUCCUCGGCGUAACAAAGGAUAUAUGACUUUGCAUCAGACAGGAUGACAGAAGAAGGAGAAUUGCCCGUCAAACUUCAUGUUUAUGAUCUCAGCAAAGGAAUGGCGAGGUCUCUUUCAGCUGCAUUCCUUGGUAAGCAGAUAGAUGGGAUAUGGCACACUGGGAUAGUUGUGUAUGGCCAGGAGUUUUACUAUGGCGGCACAGGAGGAAUAGAAGCAUGUCCACCUUGUGGGACUAUACUUGGACAGCCAGAUACGGUAGAAGAAUUGGGAAUGACACAGAUCCCAUAUGAUGUGUUCCUUGGUUACCUUACAGAACAGGCCAAGUCAUCAUUCAGACCAUCUUGUUACCAUCUCCUUGAACACAACUGUAACACCUUUAGCUCUGAGGUGGCUCAGUUUCUGACUGGAAAGGACAUACCCUCACACAUCACAGGGCUCCCAGCAGAGGUACUCAGCACACCCUUUGGACAGAUGAUAAAGCCCUGGGUUGAUGCUAUGUCAGUUCAACCAAGCGGUGGUCAUUCAAUAUUUCCAUCACAAGAGGCGGAGUCCUUCAGUUCUGGGGCAGGUGCAGGAGGAGCUGAAAGUGCUGGGGAUGACCCUUUAGAUUCGGCUGGCAACAGCAGAAAAGGGCCAGCUAUUUGGGAAAAUGUAAUGGCUGCCGAUUGGAAGGAGCCAGAAGAUGAAGAGGAUGCUGUUGAAGAUGCAGUUAUUUUCACCGAGUUGCCACCAGACCGGAAAGAUUUGAAGGAUCAUACCUAUGAGGAGUUACAGAUGAAUGAUCUUGGACUUAUAAGUGACAUUUAUGACUAUCUUGCUGAGGGUAAAAAUCCCUCAUGGUCAUUGGGCAAGGAGCAUGUUCAGACUUUACAUACUAUUAUAGGAAAUGGAAAAAUCCAUGAAGUGUCAAGGGCAGGUGUUUGUACCCUCCUACAAGCUCUAGUGCUCAGGGAUGAUUUUAUCAGUCUCCUUGAGCGGGAACCUACACAACUGAUAUUGAAAAUAAUGCAACAUUUUGACCAGCUCUCAGAACCAGUUCAGGAAGCUUUUGUUAAAUUGCUUACAAACAGUAGCAGUACAAGGAAAGGUCAUACAUUUCUAGUCUCUAACCCUGACCCAGAGUGUAAUAUGUUGAAGUGGACCACCCAGAUCUGUGUUUCAUGUUUGCUAAAAGACAAAACUGCAAUGCAUACAGCAGCCUCGGCUCUAGCACUUAAUCUCAGUAGGUUUCAGUUGAUUGAAGACACUCAAGUAGAAAUUGGCAGUGCAGUGUUGGAAUGUUUACAGAAAGAGUUAAGUGAGGAAACAGUUUACAAUCUGAUGCAAUGUCUGCUGCAAAUGAUGAACAAAAAUACAGAGUUGUGUGACCUAGCAAGCGUGGUUGGCCUGAAUUGCUCACAGCACCAGAAACUGUCAGCUCGAGUGAGGAGACUCUGUGAAAAAGCACAGGAACUCAGUGCAUUAUGAUCAAAACUGACUUACCACCAAAAAAUGACCACAAGAAUGACCAAUACUAAAUGCUGAUCAGUGGGUUUUGACACUUAAAAAACAUAACAUUAGUGAGGUGUUGUUCAAUAUGUAUUAAUUGAUUUUCUUAUUAGUUCCUUCAUUAUCAGGAAAAAUGAUCACAAAGUGCAACCAAAAUAAAUAUAUGAAUUUGAAAGACAUGGACAGGUAAAACCAUAUGCAACAAAAUGUUAUUAAUGAUUAAUUAUCUCUUUUUGUGGGGUUUUUUAUUAAUGGAGAACUUAUCAGCUUGAAGUUUUCAUAAAAAAAAUCAUCGUACACUUGUACAAGUACAGAGAGUAAUUCAUACAUACAACAAAGUAUAAUGGCAUUACAAGAUGUUGUACUCUGUAUUUUUCAUGAAUUAUAAUUAUUGAACAAUAAUCCAACCUUAUCUAUUGCAGUUUCUAAAGUACUAUGCCUCCUCCAUUUUAAUGUGGCAUAUAGUGCUGCUAAUAUACACCCUGUUGUAUCCUGUUCCCAAUAAAUGUCAUAUCUUGAAUCUCUGAAAAAAUUUAGUGCAUAUUUACCAUAUGUUAACAUCAGGUUUGGCGGGGUCAUCAGUCAAGGUGAAAGGGUUAAAGUUCACAUUAAACAACUCCUGAAAAUUCAUCAAUCAAUGAUAUAGAUAUAGAUGGGAGCAGGGUCAUUCUUGUCUUAUGGUUUUCUAGUUCUUUAAGCAGCCAACCAUAUGUUGGCCCUAUGGGCCUAUUGUAGGAUAAGCACAAUAGUAUUGAAAUCGUGGGUCAUUUUUAUUUUGUGAAAAAGACAUUUGUGAUGGU